GAGACUCAGAAGAUUCCCACUGAGGAGGUGCAGCUAGAAAUCUACCUGUCCAAUGGCCAGAAGGUCAAAGUCAACAUCCUCACAUCGGACCAGACUGAAGAUGUUCUGGAGCUCGACCUUCCGAUGAGCUGGUGGAUACUUCAGCCUCUUUCCUGGUUCAGGAGAGGGGGGAUGGGGGGCUGCACUUACGUGAGAAAACUGCAAGAAUUUGAGCUGCCCUACGUGUCCAUCACCAGCCUGCAUAGUCCCGACUACCGCAUCAUCCUCCGUAAAAGCUACUGGGACACAGCGUACGACAGUGAUGUCAUGGAGGACCGUGUGGGACUCAACUUGUUAUAUGCUCAGACGGUGUCUGACAUAGAGCGGGGCUGGAUCCUUGUGAACAAAGAGCAGCACAGACAGCUGAAAUCCCUGCAGGAGAAAGGCUCAAAAAAGGAGUUCAUCAGAUUGGCUCAGACUCUGAAGUACUAUGGCUAUAUCAAGUUUGAUCCCUGCAUAACAGAUUUUCCUGAGAAGGGCUGUCAUGUUAUAGUUGGGGCCGGCAACAACGAACUCAACUUUCACGUCAAAUUGCCCAGUGAUCAGAUGAAAGAGGGCAGCUUCAAAGUCACGCGCAUGAGAUGCUGGCGGGUCACCUCAUCUCAGGUGCCUGUGGCGAACGGUACCGCAAACCCAAGCAGUUCCAGUAAAUGUGACGUGAAACUAGAGCUGGCCUUCGAGUACCUGAUGAGCAAAGACCGUCUGCAGUGGGUCACCAUCACCAGUCCACAGGCUAUCAUGAUGAGUAUCUGUCUGCAAUCUAUGGUAGAUGAGCUGAUGGUGAAGAAAUCUGGCGGAAGCAUUAAAAAGCAGAUGCAGAAGAAGCGACAGAACGGCUCGUUCCAGCGCUCUGACAGUCAGCAAGCUGUGAAGUCUCCUCCAUUACUGGAUUCCCCGGAUCCCAGCCGUGAACAAGUAGUCAAACUCUCUACCAAGCUGUCUUCUGUCUCCCUGAGAGGACUAAGCUCUUCCAACUCAGCCAGUGACAUCAGCAGCAAUGAUUUCCAUGGAAACUACUCCUUUGAAGGAAUAGGGGACGAUGACCUUUGAUGGAGUCAUCCUCAAUAACUGGACUAAAGGAGACAGAUUCAUUUAGCGGUUUCUCUGCGACGAGUGUAGUUUAAUAAAUGCCCAGUUCUGCAGUUUUGUAAUCCAUUUUGAAAAAAAAAAUUAUAUCAACGGUCUCAAAAAUGGCCUGUGAAGUACAUAAUUUUGACUCAGGUCUCAUUACUUUCAUCAGAGGCCUCAGAUUCAGUGCUCACUCACCUAAAGUAACAAAAAUUGGAUGAUUUCAGAUUUGAGGCAUAAUUAGAGACAACGUCAAUGGUUAAAUUGAGACAGAGUUACAUAAGCACCUCAGGGCAAGUUGCUACAUUCAAAGAGAGGCUGUGAUGAAAUUUUCUUCUGAAGACGGGCUUUAUUGAAUCGUACUUUCUUACUAGAGACACAAAACUGUGCUUUUCCUCUCAUAUCAUCAUCUGGCAGACACCUUUUGUCUCAUUUUCUCGACUGCUUAUGACAGUAGUGGCCUACUAGAGGAAGAUCCAUACCAGCAAACUGUGUUGAUAUGUUCCUUUUAAAAUCAGUUGAGAAUAUUAUUUAAUAGAGAUGUGCUUCGUAUCAUUCAGUGUGCCAAUGUUGCUCAAACUAUUGCGUGGUGGCUGCAAUAUUAACCAUGGCGUGGUAGAUCUCUGCAGCUUCCUGUUUUUUUUUGUUUUGUUUUUUGUUCAGGAGAGGUAAACUCGACCUGACACCUACUGCAUAUUCAUUGCAUGGAUGAAAAUACAAGAUCUUUACUGUGGCCUGCUUUCUCUCUGCCUUAUGCUGAUUCAGACGCCUUACAGUUUAACUUCUCAAAUUUAACAUUAAAUGUAGCACCGGACACGAGUUGGCUAAAAAGCUUCUCUCAAUCUGGCCACCGCUGUGUCCUGAAUCUCGCUUUGUUUUGGUGUGUUCGGCUGGCCCGCCUGCACUAGCUGAACUCAUGUCUUUUUUUUGCACAGUAUUAAGUAAGAUAGAUGGCUUGGGUAUUUAUUGAGAUCAUAAAACUGUGGGGAAACAUCCUGGAACAUUCGCAAGAGAUUUGUAGGGUUUUUUUUUUUUUUUUUUUUCUUGAACCGAUAUUUACAAAGGUUUCUCAUAAAUGCCAAAAUUGUAGUUCACUAAAGCAUUUUGCACAAAAAAAUCAUGGUAAUGUCACUUUUAUUAAUGUACAUGCAAUUUAAAUAUAUAUAUUCUGAAUAUUUACUAAUAUCUGUAUUAUCAUUUGACCAAAUAUAAUCCAGGCUGUGUAUAAAUAAAAAUAAAAAGAUUAGAAACUAACAUUUAUCAGUGUUUACAAAAUUGUCGAAAAAGAGUGUUUACAAAUUUCGCAUCUAAAUUUCAGCGAUAGUCUUAGUACACUUUAUAUAUUUCAUUUUGAAGAAUAUCAUUCCAGUCUGCAUUUUUCGUUAUAUCAUAUACAUUUAGAUCCAUUUUGUAUUUUACUAAAUGCAUUGUGGCAAUCAUCUCAGAGGACUGUGAUCACAUGGUGCUUGGGAAAUGGAUGGGUUUUAAAUUUAUGCUGGGUUUUUGACUGCAAUGAUAGUCAAAUUGAAUGAAAUUCCCUUAUUCUUCAUCCCAGAUGAUAUAUAUAUAAUAUGAUUCCUCCCAUAGGCAGAAUGUGUUAAAUACGAAGGUUGUUCUCAUGUCUGUGUGCUGUAUGGCUGAUUAUUUUUGAGCUGAUGAUUGUAAUUUGUGAUUGCCAUGUUCAGUAUGUUCACCAGCAUCAUCAUCAUCAUCAUCAUUGUCUAGGAUGAAAGGGGUAACCAUCUUUAAUCUUAAACCCUGUAUAUCGCUCAUGAAUCAGUAUGAUUUAUUUCUCAAAUUCUCACUUCAUUUUAAAUCCAAGAAUGGAAGUUAGAGCCUUCUGGGUUUCAAUAAAUUUAGGUGCCAAAUGGU